CAAAAUAAUAAAACUAUAACGCUAAUAUCCAAUAACAUUAAUACAAAGACGCUCUCCACGUAUGCGUUGUUGUACAUUAACCAGAGAAAUGGCUAAAGUCUUAGCAUUUUGUGUUAUCGCAUUGACGUUAGCACCGGUGUCAUUAGCUUCUGACAACAUCGUUUUAUACUCUGAAGACGAGAAACAAUUACAAGUGGAGUAUGGAAAAAGGACAACAUUGAAGAAUUUGAAGCUAAGCUUUUAUGAAGAUUGCAUCGACAAAGACCCAUGUGUUUGUAACCCAAAAACCACGGGCAAUGCAGACUACGUACGUUACUUUUCGGAAUCAGAGAAACAAGAGUGUAAACAUUUUGAACAAAUAGGUCAAUCGAUGAAUGAUGUUUUGCAAUUUUGUGUCGAGAUGGAAAGCAGUUAUUGGUUUGGUGGCGCCGAAACGGGCUUACAGGAAUGGCCUCUAAAUAAACUUAACUGGACAGACAGAUCGUAUGUGACAAAAGAGGCAGACCAUCAAGCAAUUGUCGAAUCGUAUUUCUUCAAUUCUGACGGGUUUUCCAUACACAUUAACGAUUCGGUCGCCUUAUUUGUAGACAUUAACGGCCCAAGACCUGGUUAUAUGUGUUUUACGGCCAAAGUUAUCGCUCCGUACAGAAAAGUUAAGAAUGUUAUGCAAUUCCGGGUGUGCAAAUUUAGUGAUCCCCGAAAAGCUCACGAAAACGCCAUUAAAGAUUUCCUCGGUUCACCCAAGUCCAUACCCGAUCCUUACGUAGUGAAGCACCCGAUUUGGUCGACUUGGGCCAGGUAUAAAAAUGACGUCAACACAUCUGUCAUUUUGAAUUACGCUCAGGAAAUAGUCGACAGCGGAUUUCACAGAGGUACGUUCGAGAUCGAUGACAACUGGGAAAACUGUUACGGCAGUGCAGAGUUUAAUACCACACGAUUCGAGGAUAUUAAAGGGAUGAUAAAUAAAUUAAAAUCAUAUGGUUUCAAGACUUCCUUGUGGACACAUCCGUUCAUAAAUAAUGAAUGUCCUAUUCACGAGACGGCCAAAAAUAAGGGAUAUUUUGUAAAUAGUACAUCAGGCAGAGUGAACUCUAAGUGGUGGAAUGGCAAUGCUUCUUAUAUAGACUUCACAAACCCCGAAGCAGCGGCGUGGUGGUCGAAUUCUCUACGCGAUUUAAUUGUAAAAUCUGGAAUAGAUACAUUCAAGUUCGAUGCAGGAGAAGCCAGCUGGAGCCCUCAACUUCCGGAAUUUUACGAUGAGGAUUUGACCUAUUACCCCGAUAACAUUGUAACCGCAUACCUCAAAACUAUUAAGGCCUUUGGCAACGAUAUAGAAUACAGGACAUCCAGAAGGAGUCAGGAGUUAGGUUGCUUCUUAAGGAUGUAUGACCGUGAAUCUCGGUGGGAUUUCCAACGGGGACUUCCGUCGUUAAUAACAUCUCUGAUACAGUUGAACAUGAUUGGAUAUCCGUUCGUGUUGCCAGAUAUGAUCGGCGGAAACGGUUACUUCGACUUACCGCCCUCCAAAGAGAUGUACAUUAGAUGGAUGCAAGCCGCCGUCUUCAUGCCAGUCGUGCAGUUUUCAUAUACUCCUUGGGACUUUGACGCACAGACAUUGGAGGUGUGCCGAUAUUUCAUGGAUCUCCGCAAUAAAUACACAGACACAAUUGUGGAUUUGAUGAAACAUACCGUCGCACAUGGUAGCCCGGUGAAUCCUCCGGUGUGGUGGAUCGAUCCCACCGAUUCAGAUGCACAUGCAAUUGACGACCAAUUUCUGUUGGGCGAAAAAAUCCUGGUAGCUCCUGUUCUCGUCGAAGGUGCAACUACCCGCAAUAUUUACUUACCCACUGGUUUGUGGAGGGACGAGAACCAUCCCGGAAAUGCACUAUUGUCCGGAAGAACUUGGCUGAUCAAUUACCCUGCCAACCUUGAAGUCCUUCCGUGGUUCACUAGAGUUAGUUCAGAUAGUGAGCCAGAACCGUCCAGUUCGGUUUCUCAUAAUAUGUCGUCUACCAGUUAUAUUGUCGUUUUAUGUAUAAUCGCGUAUUUAUUUAGAUUACAUUUCCCGAUUUACCGGUCUUGAAAUGUAUAGAUCUCUAUCUAAAACGUUAGUGUAAUAUUUAUGUUUUUGUUUGUACAGUAAGCCAAGUUUCGUAAAGUAGAUACUCGAGUAAUUAAUGUAUUCAAAUAAUUUUCAAUCCGUAUUUUGAAUACUUUUGAAAAAAGUACUUGGAUAAAGUAUUUUAAAUACAUUCUUAAAGUACCUGUAUUUAAAAUCAAUUUAAGAAUUUAUAGUUGUAUAUUUUUUACUAUAUAUUGUACUCAACCAAAAAAUCAAAACUUCGACAAAAAAAAAAAAGUUGUAUUUUUAUAGUUAUUCCUUGAUACGGUGUAAAAUGGUCUAGGUAUACAAUUUAUGUAACACAUGAAAAUGGUUAAGUUGAUUUAUAAGGUAAAAAAAAAAUGUUAUAAAUAAUUUGAAAGUAUAUAAUAUAAAUACUAUUUCGUACUCUUUUA